CCACGGACAACAGUGCAGCAAAUUUGCAAAGAAUCGACAAAAAACAAAAAGAAACACAAAAAGUAAUAUAAAUUUGAAUAGAAACACAAAAUAUAACGAUCGAAGCAACGAACGCGUCGAGGCGUAGCGACAAAAACUCUUGGCUUUAUUUCGCUGUUGGUCCGUAGAUAAAACAUGCAGACAAAUCCAUGGCCAACGCUGGCCAUGUUGCUGUCGCUGCUGCUGCUGUUCCUUUGCAGCGGCAAGUCGGCGGCUCAAUCCAAUUACGUGCAACACGGCGAUAGCGGCAACUACACCACCAACGGACUGCCCGAGGAGGCGACACUAGACGGCAAGGUUACCAAGCUGGAUGACAUCAGCCCGCUGAUCUUUCUGAAUCGCACCAAGGCCGCGCUCAACUGCGCCGCCGGCUCCAUGCAGGUGGAUAUGAAGUUCAAUGAUCCCUUCCAUGGCAUUAUACAAGCGGACUAUGAUCGCAGCAGCGCUUGUCGCGUCAAUGGCAAGGGCGCGCUCAGCUAUCGCCUGGAGCUGCCACUCAAGGGCUGUGGCACCAUACAGAAUCCCACACGCGUCUUUACCAACAACAUCAUCGUGCGCUUCCAUGCCAAUUUGGAAAUGGACGGCGAUGAGAUCAUCACCAUUGUCUGCCGCUAUCCACCGCCAGUGCCAUCACUGCCACCUGCACUGCCAGCGCCCAUUUUGAAUCCCAUUGCCACGAGCUCAGUGCUGCAGCCGCCGCUGAAGAGCAUCCAAAUCCUUAUGAUCAUCUGCGCCAUUAUGUUCCUCACACUGCUGCUGCUCGGCCUGGCUGUGUCCUACUACUGCCUGCGCAGUCGUCCCAUACCCGUGGUGCGUCGCCUGCCCAUGAGCAUGGGCAGCGGCUCGGAGAUCACCAAGCUCAGCGGCAGCAGCGUGGGCAACAUUAGCGCCUUUGAGGGCGUCAAGAUUCCACGCGCGCAUGCCGCACUCCAGGCUGUGUACAGCUCCUCGGGCAGCGAGGGCGCACUUAUACCCUCGGACUAUCCCAGCGAAUCGCACUCGGAGAUUGAGGAAAUCGAUACCAGAUCGCUGCCAUUCAGCUCCGCCGGCAGCUUUGAGAAUCGCGCCUUUGUGCAGGAGACCUCGAGCAUCUAUAGCGAUCACUAUGCGCCGGCGCAGGAAAUGCCCGCGGCGAAUGCAGUGAUGACCCAGGUGAUGCGCCAUGCUGUGCCGCUGCAGGAGGCGGUCGCUGGCUCGCCCAAGUUCGAUGUGCAGGUGCGUGUGAAGAAGACGCCACCGCCCAUACCCUCGCCUGUGACCUCGGAUACGGAGAGCGUGGCCACGCUGCGUCCGGAUCGCAACAAUCUGUCCACCAUCAUGGAGGCCUAUGAGGAUCGCGAGAGUGUGCUCACCAUGGACUCGAUGCCGCCGCAUGUGGAGACAAUGCAGUCGCAGUUCACCUAUGUGCCGGAGCUGCAUCCAGCGCCGCAGCUGCAGCUGCCGCCAGUGGCAGCACCGCCGCCACCAGAGCCCAAGUUCUCCGUCUACACGCGCACGCAUCACGAGGUGGUCGACGGUCGUCCAGAGAACUGGUCCGACUACACCGAUGGCCCCGCCCACAGCGAGAUUACCGAUCUGUCCUCCGAGCUGCCCGACAACACGCACACGCAUGAGAUCAGCACCACGCAGUACUACGAGGAUGAGUAUGUGCCCACCGAGCCCAUGCCCAUGCCCAUGCCGCUGCCCAUGCAAAUGGCCAUACCCAUGCCACUGCCAGUCACCUCGCAUACCGUGGACGAUGUCUAUCUGCACACUGUGACCGAGAAGAAGACCAUUGAGGACAUUGAGAGCCACAAGCGCCGCGUCACCGAAUACAAGAGCAAGCCGAAGGCGCCACUGCCACCGCCGCCAGCACCCGUGGUGGAUCCCAAGUUCGAUGUCAAGGUGCGCAACUAUCCCAGCGAGCGCGAGCAGCAGCAGUGGGAGAACUUCUCGGACAUCUCCAGCGCCUCGGGACUGACGCUGACGCCCAAGCUGGAGCGCAGCGAGCUGAGCCUGCCGCCCACAGUGCCGGCGACGCAGAUCCAUGACAACAAGCUGAAGCUGACGAGUCCCGAGCUGGUGGGCAACAUGAAGCCGAUUGAGGUGCCGCCGCAGGAUAAGGAUGUGCCCAACUGGGAUGUGCUCAUACGCAUUCUGGAGGAGCCGGAGAUGAGCGAAAUCGGCGACGAUGUCAGCACAAUGUCGGUGCACAACAUCAGCUACGACGAUCGCGCCAAGUGGAAGGAGAUCAUCACCACCCAAUCCUCGCUGCGCACCAUGCUCACCGAGGCGGUAGUGCGCGAGGACUUCGAGCGCAUUCGCCAGGAUACGCGCUACGAGCGCAUGUUCGAGCCACAGACUUGGGAUGUCAUCAUACGCAUUCUGGCGCCACCCAACGACGACGAUACGGACGUCGAGAUGCGCGGCGGCGCACCCAAGCGCGGCAAGAAGUCGGCGCCUCAGCCCUGGGACACGCGCUCCCGCCGCAGCUCGCUGCCCACGCUAUACGAAUACGACAGCGAUGGCGGCUCCAGUGUGCGCACCAUACGCCAAGAUCCACUGGCUCAGCCCAUGAGCAGUGCUCCGCAUGGCGCCGGACCCUUCAACAUGCAGCGCUCGCGCCGCAGCUCACGCACAUCCUAUCAAACGGAUCACAACGACUUCCGCUCCAUGAGCGAGGUCACCGUGGACUUUGGCCGCCCGCCACUCGAUCAUGCGGACAAUGUGAGCGAUGCCAGCUCCUAUUAUCGCAUGCAGUACUACGAUGACGAGGACAGGCGCUCAUUCCAUCGCUCGCUCAGUCAUCCAUCGCUGGCUCGUUCGGCCAGCGAGUUCACCGAGCACUGGACAGCGCCAGACGAUUUCGAGAUCGAGAUUAGCUCGCCCGAGGGCACGCCACGCGCUCAUCGUGCGCUCCAGCCUGCAGCGGGCGAACGCAUUGUCUCUCAGUCGCAGCGCGAGUAUGUGGAGACGCAUAGAAGCAUCUAUCAGUCCGGCGAGCAGCAGCAGCAGCAGCAGCCGAAGCAGCAACCUCCACGCAAGUGGUAGACACAACACCACACACAGCGAUCCUCACUACGAGUCAAUUGAAGGAAUAUUUUAGAAAAUUCUACACUACGCACACACAUUAUUUUAUUUUAUUUUAUUUUUUUUUUAGCAGUAGAGGAUAAGGUUUUACAUAAACUAAUUUAACUAUCAACUAAAGUUAAAUUUAUUGAUGCAAAACCAACGAAUCCUUUAUCUACAAAAAC